AUGGAAGAAAGUGGACUACAUCCUAAUAUUGUGGUUUACAACAUCCUUAUUGAUGGUAUGUGCAAAGCUAGAAGCAUUAAAGGUGCAAGGGAAUUCUUUUAUGGUCUUUCUUCCAAAAGGUUGCAGCCUGAUGUUCACACAUAUAAUAUCAUGAUCAAUGGACUCUGUAAGGGUGGGUUGUUAAGUGAAGCAAACAUGUUGCUCAAGAAAAUGGAAGAGAGUGGUUGCUCACCCAAUGGUAUCACUUACAAUAUGAUUGUGCGGGGAUUUCUUCGAAACAAUGAGACGCUAAGGGCAAUGCAACUUCUUCAAGAAAUGGUUGAGAAGGAAUUCUCAACUAAUGCAGGUAUUAUGACCUUGUUAUUGAAUAUAUCAAAUAAUAAUGGUUUGGAUCAGUCAGUUUUGGAGAUGGCCAAUAAGUUUCUGUAA